AUGAGCGACCGAAAGGAAUGGCAACAUUCCUAUCAGCCGAUGAACUAUAACGACUAUUAUUCUUAUGGCUCGAAUAGCCAAUCCAUCGACCAAAACUAUGGGCAGUAUAGUUUUACCCAUCAAGGCGGGCCUAACAACCAAUAUGGCUCAAGUAGUCAGUUUGGCGGCCAAUAUGGUGGGCACAACUAUGUUGGGGAAUAUGAUGUUAUGAACCAAAAUGGUUCGAAUGAUCAAAAUGGCUUUGACGGCCAAUACGAUUCUACAUAUCAAUAUGGUUCUGGUAGCCAAUUCAAUGGCCAACAUGGCGGAAACAAUAAUCAUGGCCAAAAUAAUAUAAUAUAUCAAAAUUAUGCGAAUGGCCAACAUGGUUAUAAUGGCCAGUACAAUCAAGUGGCCGGAGGACAAAAUAAUUCGGUCAAUAUUUAUAAUCAGCCUAGUUACGGCCUCCACCAAGCUAAUCAGAUUUUUGGCUGUAACGACCAAAAUAAUAUUAACAUAGGUGAAAGGUCAUAUGUUGACCGUAUGGACAAAGAACAUCAAAAUUUCAUAAAGGAAAUAUCCGAAGUGAAAGAUAUGAUGGAUGAGUUUCAUGCUUCCAACGAACUUUUGUUCCAAGGUUUGCGUGAAGUCACCUCGCGACUUGUAGUAGAAGAGCAAGCUCUUAGUCACAAUCUUAAAUCUCAGCCACAGCAAGAAAACCAUCAAGUGACUACAAUACGGUCACUCAUUCUACCUACCUAUGUGGAGGAAAAUGAGGUUGACCGACAAUAUUUAAAGGAAAAGGAUGUGGAUGAAUCGGCCUUGGAAUUCAGUACUCCGACCCAUUUACCUUUUGAAAACCUCACAUUGGUUGAAAAAGGGAAAAGUAUUGGUAUGGUUGCAGUCCGGCCACCUGUUUCACCAACUUUCCCAGAGGAAAAUGAAGUCAAUCAAGAAUAUGUGAAUGAGAGAAAAGUGGACGAGUCGGCCUUAGAGUUGAAAACUCAAAUUGACUUUCCUAUUGAAACUCUCACGUUGGUUGAGGAAGAAAAAUCCACCCAAGAGAAUGCGGUCCAACAAGCGGUCGAGGGGACCAAUCAGAUGUGA